UCUCGUGAGUGUAUCGCGAGUAGCUCGGCACCGCGCCUGUCUGUAGCGUCCGUCCGUACCGCGAUGAAUUAGCGUAGCGGCUGUUAGCGGCUGUCGGUCGACCUGGAGAUGUGGUAUCGCGCGCGAUAGAGCUCGGAGUCGCGGGUGAACUCGCGAGAGCGAAAGGACGUUGCGUGUCACGGCCGUCGCCGUAAUCCUCCGCCGGGGCCGAGCGUUACGCGGACAAGGCAUGCCGCAGUUUCACAAGAUCGAGAUCAACAGGACGGAAUGGGAGGUGCCGGAGCGGUACCAGUUGCUCACUCCCGUGGGCUCGGGCGCCUACGGCCAAGUCUGUUCCGCGGUGGAUACGACCACCGGACAGAAGGUGGCGAUCAAGAAGCUAGCCAGGCCGUUUCAGUCAGCUGUGCACGCAAAGCGCACGUAUAGGGAGCUGCGUAUGUUAAAGCAUAUGAAUCAUGAAAAUGUAAUAGGACUGCUGGACGUAUUUCAUCCGUCUUCCUCUUUGGAAGAUUUUCAACAAGUAUACCUAGUCACACAUCUGAUGGGCGCCGACCUGAAUAACAUUGUCAGAACGCAAAAGCUUUCCGACGACCAUGUGCAAUUUCUCGUCUAUCAGAUCCUCCGUGGUUUGAAGUACAUCCAUUCUGCGGGAAUUAUACACAGGGACUUAAAGCCGUCCAACAUAGCGGUUAACGAGGAUUGCGAGCUGAAGAUACUGGACUUUGGCCUGGCCAGGCCGACGGAGAACGAGAUGACCGGUUACGUUGCCACCAGGUGGUACAGGGCGCCCGAAAUUAUGCUUAAUUGGAUGCAUUACAAUCAAACAGUUGAUAUUUGGUCAGUGGGGUGCAUCAUGGCGGAACUAUUAACUGGGAGAACAUUAUUCCCUGGAACAGAUCACAUUGAUCAUCUAACACGAGUGUUAGUACUCUGUGGUACACCCACAGAAGAAACAUUAAGCAAAAUUACUAGCCAAGAGGCUAGAAAUUAUAUUCAGAGCUUACCACCGUUGAAGAAAAAAAAUUUCAAAGAAGUAUUUCGUGGAGCUAAUCCUUUAGCUAUUGAUUUAUUGGAACUGAUGUUGGAAUUGGAUGCGGAGAAAAGGAUUACUGCGGAACAGGCGUUAGCACAUCCAUACCUUGCACAAUAUGCAGAUCCGACUGAUGAACCUGUUUCUCUACCGUAUGAUCAGAGCUUCGAGGAUAUGGAUCUUCCAGUGGAGAAAUGGAAAGAACUUGUGUAUCAUGAGGUUGUAAAUUUCGUCCCACAGCAGCUACCGCAAUUAUCUUCGACAAUUGAAACAGCUUCUUAAGAACAAUGUCUGAAGGAUAGAUAUAACGCGCGUAAUGUAGAUUUCAGCACAGUAAGAUACAAUAAUAUUGAUUAACAAUAAUCACGAGUGAAGGAUAUAUAUUGUUAUAUACAAAAAUAAUAACUGUAUAUAAUUUAUAAAUAACAUGGUGUACCGUUGAUAAUCGAGCUAAUCUGUCCAGAAGAUAAGAUAUUUUUGUCAAGGGCAAAAUAAGAAAACUAAACCUACUAUUUAAUUACGUAACUCGGUUAUCAAUUGAUUAGUAAUGUCUGUUACACAACAAUCUUGUGUAUUAAUUCUUUUAGUUAUUUUAUCAGGUAUCGGUUCUCUUAGUCCACGAAAGAGAUCAUGUAAUUAAUUGCUUUUAUGAAAUAAUCGAUUAUUAUCAUAUAUAAAUUAUGAUAAACUUGUUACACGAUUACAAUCAAAGUACGUAGUAUCAGAUAUAUAUGUUACUUUAGAUUUAAACAUAUAUAAUAAUAUAACGAUCAUAGUACUUACUAUUUUUAAAAAAAUCAUUACUAAAUCAAAAACAAUACUUGUAACUAUAAAUCCGCCCGUAUUUGCAAGUUUAAUAAAACGACCAAUAUUCGCUGAAA